CAUUUCUUUUUUCCUCUCACAAUCACACUGACACUGUCACCACAGACUGACACCGACAGACCCCAAAUCGAUUCGUGGCCAUCUCAGUACCAUUUGAGAUUCAUAUCAAAACCCUAGAUUGCCCAACUCGAAGAAGGAGACGAAAUCAAUUCCGAAUCGAGUUCUUCGUUAAUCUUCUCUCUAUUCAGUAUUGUUAUAAUGUCGAGGAAGAUGCUUAUUGAUGGGGAAGUGGAGAAAACCAAUGAAGCGGAGAAUCAUUAUGAUUUUGAUUUGUUUGUAAUUGGGGCAGGGAGUGGUGGUGUUCGUGCCGCCCGCUUUUCGGCUCAGAAUGGAGCUAAGGUAGGCGUCUGCGAGCUUCCAUUCCAUCCUAUCAGCUCUGAAGUCAUUGGAGGAGUUGGUGGAACGUGUGUCAUUCGUGGUUGUGUUCCUAAAAAGAUAUUGGUGUAUGGUGCUGCUUUUGGACCUGAGCUGGAGGAUGCAAGGAAUUACGGGUGGGAACUGAAUCAAAAUAUUGAUUUCAAUUGGAAAAAACUUCUACAGAAGAAGACUGAAGAAAUAGUUAGAUUAAAUGGGAUCUACAAGCGGUUACUUUCAAAUGCAGGAGUUAAGCUAUAUGAAGGAGAGGGAAGAGUUAUUGGUCCUAAUGAAGUGGAAUUGAUACAAUUGGAUGGAACCAAAAUUAGCUAUUCAGCAAAACACAUCCUGAUUGCCACUGGUGGCCGGGCCCAGCGUCCAGAUAUUCCAGGCCAGGAAUUAGCUAUCACAUCAGAUGAGGCAUUGAGCUUGGAAGAGUUACCUAAGCGAGCUGUUGUACUUGGUGGAGGGUAUAUUGCUGUUGAGUUUGCUUCGAUAUGGCGAGGAAUGGGUGUAACAGUUGAUCUGUGUUUCAGAAAAGAACUUCCUAUAAGAGGAUUCGACGAUGAGAUGCGAGCUGUGGUUGCUAGAAAUCUGGAAGGCAGGGGUAUUAACCUCCAUCCUAGGACAAACUUAACUGAGCUGGUUAAAACAGAAGAUGGUAUAAAAGUUCGUACGGACCACGGAGAAGAGAUUGUCGCUGAUGUUGUACUUUUUGCCACUGGUAGAGCUCCUAACUCAAAAAGGUUGAACCUGGAAGCUGUAGGUGUUGAGCUUGAUAAAACUGGAGCUAUAAAGGUUGAUGGAUACUCUCGGACCAACAUACCUAGCAUAUGGGCUAUUGGUGAUGUUACUAAUCGAAUGAAUCUUACUCCUGUUGCCUUAAUGGAAGGAACCUGCUUUGCAAAAACUGUCUUCGGUGGGCAGCCUACUCAACCUGAUUACGAGCAUAUUCCGUGUGCCGUUUUCUGCAUACCGCCACUCUCUGUAGUUGGUCUCAGUGAGGAACAGGCUAUAGAGAAAUCAAAUGGUGAUGUUUUGGUUUUCACUUCAACAUUUAAUCCAAUGAAGAACACAGUUUCAGGACGACAAGAGAAAACAAUUAUGAAGCUUGUUGUUGAUGCUGAGACUGAUAAAGUUCUUGGAGCAUCUAUGUGUGGGCCAGAUGCACCCGAGAUUAUGCAGGGUAUUGCUAUUGCACUCAAAUGUGGAGCUACCAAAGCACAAUUUGACGGCACGGUUGGAAUCCACCCUUCUGCUGCAGAGGAAUUUGUGACAAUGCGGUCAGUGACUAGGCGAGUCUCUGCUAGUAAACCAAAGACAAACCUAUGAACUCGACACACUCGUCACAUUAUGUCAUACUUUGGACACACACACUGCAUUACAUUGAAUUAUGUACUUAAUGGACAAAUAACGGUAUAGAAGAGAGUAGUAGUCUCGUUGAAAGAUUUGAUUCGAUACGUAUGGGCAUUUGUUACGUUUUCUCCCCAAAUAUAUGAUAUAGCUGCAACUAUUAAAAAUCGACUAUACAAUAGUAUUUUACGGUCUUGCUGUUGCAAAAGUAAAUUUUCUAGUGUGAUGUAAUUGCUUCUCGUAUUCGGAGAAAGACAUCUUUUAUUUCUUGAAAUUUACAGGGAUUGUCGAUGCUUUUUCUUU